AAGAGGUCUUUUAGUAUCAGCAUAGGCCAAUGUUUCACUCUAGUUUUAUAUAAAUCCUGUGUUUCAAAAGAGAUGCUAUACAAAAUAUACCAAAACUGAAAAAUGCAGCUGCAGUUAUCAGUACAAGUACAUUUAAUAAAGGAGUUCUAGACAAGAAAAUAUUGAGCUAUAAUAAAUCUAAUUAUCAAGCAAAUAGAAAUGGGUUUGGUUUGUGCUAGGCUCUUUUGUCGUAUAAGAUGUUAAAAGGAAUCUCAAUUUCAGAAUAUUUAAAAAAAAUAAAAAUUAAGAUGGUAUAAGGGUGGAAGAGAGUUUUGUAAUGAAUAAAAAAUAAAAUUUGUAGCCCAUUAAGGGAACAAAUUGUUAUUAAUUAUUCAUUAUUAAAUGAUCCACCUCUCUCCUCCUUAAGUGUUUAUAAGCAAGGUGAUUAUGCUUGAACAAAGGUGAGAACAAACACAAGAAAAUUAAACAAGAAAAACAUCAAAAACCGAAAAGAGAAAAGAGAGAAAUUGAUAAACAUUUCAGGAUGACUGGUUCUGGUUCUCCUUGUGGAGCUUGCAAGUUCUUGAGAAGAAAAUGUGUUAGAGGUUGUGUUUUUGCACCUUAUUUCUGUCAUGAACAAGGUGCUACACAUUUUGCAGCUAUUCAUAAGGUUUUUGGUGCAAGCAAUGUAUCAAAGUUGCUUGCUCAUCUUCCUGUAAGUGAUCGAUGCGAAGCUGCUGUUACAAUUUCUUAUGAAGCUCAAGCUAGGCUUCAAGAUCCCAUUUAUGGCUGUGUCUCCCACAUUUUUGCUCUUCAACAACAGGUUAUGAAUCUACAAGCGCAACUUGCUUCUCUUAAGGAACAAGCAGCUCAAACUUUGAUUAAUGGCUCUGCCACAGCAAACCCUAAUGACAAGUACUAUGGAAAACCCUCUUCUCUACCACAAGAUCUUCAAAGCUGGUUUCAGUCAGAGAAUUCAAACACGAUUCCACAAUUCAACCCAAGCUUCACCACGGCCGGUGAAAAUGGUUUCUUGGAUCCGUACUCAAUGGGAAGUUAUGGAAGUUCUUCAACAACAGCAACUUCAUUUGAUAGCUUUGAGGAGGCAUCUUCUUCCUUUGACAUGCAAACAGACAACAAACAAUGGAAUACUAGUUAUCAUCACCAUCAAGAUCCUGACGAUCUUCGGUCGGUGGCCUUUGGCUACAUUCAGCACUCAUGAGAGAGAUAAAAUGACUGGUGAAGACAGACUUAUUACUGUCAAUUUUUGAAUUUCUACUAGACGCUGCAUACUUUGAAACAUGCACUUUUUGUUGCUAUAAAUAAAAAAGCUAGGAACCCUAGAAAAUGUUCAGGCAAAUCACAAACCCUAAAUUCCACAACCUGCCUACCUAUUUUCCCUUUCUUUAAUAUCUAGUGCAAUCUUGGAUAUUUGUAGAAUAACAGUAUUAUUAAUUCCAUUCUUGAUAAAAUUUCAGAAAAUCUAGUUUUCAUUCUUAUUUUUUCAGCUAAUUAUUCCU